GCCAAGUGAAAUCACUCUCAACCUCGUACGAUAUAAAUAUGCCUUGUCACCAUUGUCAAAGUUUGAUAAAAUCGCCUUGUUUUUAGUGGUUUAUCUUGUGUGUUUGUAAGUUUUUUUUCAUUAAAUGGCUUUAGAAGUUUUUGAAGCGUAUUGGGAACGAUUCUUGGGAGUUGUUGAGCCACAUUUGCCUGUGUACUUGCAUUGGAAUGAAAUUUGUUGGACAUUUGUCUUUUAUCUGGCUGAGUUACGAAGACAUAUACACCGCUGGUGUCGUGGACUAGAAUCAUGGCAGAUUGUUGUGAAUACUGUGCUAAUCUGUCUUUGUGUCUGGUUGGUCAGUGAGAUUUUGCGUUGGCUAUAUUCAUGGAUAUUUUGCCAAGAUGAAGGCUUUAUAACACGGAUGAAAAAGGUCACCUUCAAAAUGAUACGGAGGUUGCCAUUUGUAAAAGACAAGAUAAAUGCUGAAUUAUCAAAAACAAAGAAUGAGAUGAAAGCACUGAUGAAUAAAGGAAAUGAACAUUAUUACACAAAGCUUCCAAACAAAGGAAUGGGUCGGGAAGUGUUGUUGAAGGAGGUUGAUAAAUAUGAAAAUAUGGGCAAAAUUAAUUGGAAAGCAGGUCGUGUAUCUGGAACAGUUUAUCAUGGUGGAAAAGAACUCACUGACGUUUUGUCUGAGGCCUAUAAACACUUUACUUGGUCAAAUCCACUGCACCCAGAUGUAUUUCCUGGAGUUCGAAAGAUGGAAGCAGAAGUUGUAAAAAUGUGUGUAAAUAUGUUCAAUGGUGGUCCACAGGCCUGUGGCACAACAACAAGUGGUGGAACGGAGAGUAUCCUCUUGGCGUGUAAAACUUAUAGAGACUGGGCCAAGGAAGAAAAAGGCAUCAAAAAGGCUGAAAUUAUUGCUCCAGUGUCCGUUCAUGCUGCCUUUGAAAAAGCUGCUGCUUACUUCAAUAUGAAAUUGAUACUAGUUCCAGUCAACGAGAAAACACGGAAAUGCGAUGUGAGGGCAAUGAGACGAGCUAUUACGAGGAAUACAGCUCUAUUGGUUGGUUCUUGUCCUUCAUAUCCUCAUGGAGUCAUUGAUUCUAUUGAAGAGAUAGCCAAGCUUGGUAAGCGAUACAACAUUGGUGUUCAUGUCGACUGCUGUUUGGGAGGAUUUCUUGUCCCUUUCAUGAAGGAUGCAGGGUAUUUAUGUCCUUUUUUAUUGUCAUUCCACAAUUUAUUAUUGAUGUCUUUAUUUCUCUCCAGCUUUUCUUUGGCGCCUUUUGAUUUCACUGUUGAUGGUGUGACUAGCAUAUCGGUGGAUACUCAUAAGUACGGUUUCGCUCCUAAAGGUUCUUCAGUCAUUUUAUAUAAUACCCAAGAGUUACGCCAUUACCAAUUUUUCGUGUCCACUGAUUGGACGGGCGGUAUUUACGCAUGUCCCACAAUUCCAGGCAGUCGCUCUGGUGGUAUAAUUGCCGCUUGUUGGGCAGCUAUGAUGUACAUGGGCGAGCAAGGUUAUAUUGAUUGCACCAAAAAGAUCAUCAAGACACGCGAGUAUAUCGAGAAAGGAUUACGUCAGAUUAAAGGGAUCUUUGUCUAUGGUGAACCUGAAGUCUGUGUUGUAGGAUUUGGUUCUGAUAACUUUGAUAUUUUUGCGUUGGGAAAUGAACUGACAGAAAAUGGAUGGAACAUGAACUCUUUACAAUAUCCGUCUGGGAUACAUAUCUGCGUAACGAUGCCAAUCACUCAGUCUGGUGUAGCUGAUAAGUUCAUUAAAGAUGUUAAAGAAGCGACAGCAAAAAUAAUGAAAAACCCGAAGAAGAAAACGACUGGAGGCGGUGCCAUCUAUGGAAUGGCACAACAGAUUCCUGAUCGUUCUAUGGUGUCUGAACUUGCUUGCAGCUUUAUUGAUAGUUUGUAUACGACAGAUGCAAUAAAAAUAAUCGAACAAAAUGGGCAUACUAAACACUAAAUAAAAACAAGCCUGCUUCGGUGAAAUAGAUCGUUUUGUCGCUCCUACCCGAAAUUAAUAAAUUCAUGACGAUGGAAGGAUGACAUAUUUUAUAAUUUUAUACUUCAAAUCAACUCUGGCUUGUAUGCAGUUUACUUUAUAUAUAAGUCUUAAAUUGUAAUUUAGGCCUUCUUUCAUUGAUAUCAAAUUAAAUAUAUAUAAUGGGCAUUA